UCUGAGCCGCGAGCCGUCUCCCCGCGGCGCCAGUAGCGGCGCUUGGGAGUGGGGCGGGGUGAGUCUCUCCCGCUGUCCCGCUGCCGUGGCACUGGGCUACCGACCGCAUCCCCCUGCCGCGGCUGGGCACCCCCUCGCUGUCUGUGCGGCCGUCCGGACCCCCGCUGGGCGGGGAGCGAGCGCAGCCCCUGCCCCUCCGGGACAGCCGGGGGCGGGGAGGGGGGUUCCUCCCCUGCCUGCUCCUGCCCUGAGCGCUGGAGUCCCGUGUUGACAGGCCCGGGGCAGGUAACCGCGGGCUUAGGCAGUUCGCACCAGCACAGAGCUAAAAGCCGCUUCAGAGACAGUGCCUGCGGCUGAGCCCUAGCCUACACUACGAGUUUAGGUCGAAUUUAGCAGUGUUAAAUCGAAUUAAGCCUGGACACGUCCACACGACGAAGCCCUUUCUUUUGACUUAAAGGGCCCUUUAAACUGGUUUCUUUACUCCACCUCCGAUGAGGGGAUUAGUGCUAAAAUCGGCCUUUCCGGGUCAGAUUUGGGGUAGUGUGGACGGAAUUCACUGUUAUUGGCCUCCGGGAGCUAUCCCACAGUGCUUCAUUGUGACCGCUCUGGUUACCUGUGCUGAUGAGCUCUGCGUGGUCACCUGUGCUCUCCACGCUGGGCAAACAGGAAAUGAAAUUCAAAAGUUCGCGGGGCUUUUCCUGGCUACCUGGUCAGUGCAUCUGAGUUGAGAGCGCUGCCCAGGAUCGCAAAAGAGCUCCAGCAUGGACAGAACGGGAGGUACGGGAUCUGCUCGCCAUAUGGGGAGACGAAUCAGUGCUAGCUGAACUCCGUAGCAGUAAACGAAAUGGCAAAAUAUUAGAAAAAGUCUCAAAGGCCAUGAAGGAUAGAGGCCAUAACAGGGUCGCACAGCAGUGCCGCGUGAAAAUUAAGGAGCUAAGGCAAGCCUACCACAAAGCCAGAGAGGCAAACGGAAGGUCUGGGGCAGAGCCACAAACAUGCCGCUUCUACGUGGAGCUGCAUGCCAUUCUAGGGGGUGCAGCCACCACUACCCCAACCGUGUGCUUUGACUCCAUCAAUGGAGAGUCAUGCAACAGGGAAACAGGUUCGGGGUACGUGGAAGAUGAUGGUGAUGAUGAAGACAAUGAAGAUAGCUCCCAGCAAGGAAGCGGAGAAACCGGUUUCCCCAACAGCCAGGGUAUGUUUAUCACCCUGGACCUGGAACCAGUAACCCCCGAACUCACCCAAGACGUGCUCCCAGACCCUGAGGGCACACAAGGGACCUCUGCUGCAAAUGUUUCUCCUUCACAGAGGCUAGUGAAGAUUAGAAGGAGAAAACGGCGGACUCGGGAUGAUAUGUUCUCGGAGCUCCAGAUGUCCUCCCACACUGACAGAGCACAGCAGAAUGUGUGGAGGCAGUCAAUGUCAGAGUGCAAAAAAGCACAAUAUGAACGAGAGGAGAGGUGGCGGGCUGAAUCGCGGGUUGAAGAGAGCAAGUGGCGGGCUGAAGAGGAUAGGUGGCGUCAGCUUGCUGACAGAAGGCAUGAGUCGAUGCUCCGGCUGCUGGAGCAUCAAACUGAUAUGCUCCAGUGUAUGGUUGAGCUGCAGGAAAGGCAGCAAGAGCAGAGACUGCCGCUACAGCUCCUGUGUAACCAACAGUUCUCCUCCCCAAGUUCCAUAGCCUCCUCACCCAGAUGCCCAACAACGCGGUGGGGGGCCUCUGGCCACCCAGCCACUCCACCCCAGAUGAUUGGCCAAGCAUCAGAAGGCUGGCCUUCAAUAAGAAUUAAAGUUUUAAACUACAGUGUGUCCUUGUCCUUCCCUCCUCCCCCACCCCACCCGGCACUUCCCUCCUCCCCUACCCCUCCGGGCUACCUUGGCAGUUAUCCCCCUAAUUGUGUGAUGAAUUAAUAAAGAAUGCAUGAAUGUGAAGUAACAAUGGCUUUAUUGCCUCUGCAAGCGGUGCUCAAAGG